AUGCGUUUGGAGGGCAAUGAUGGCGUUGUUAAGGAGCAAAUUGCCCUCAGUAUCUCAAUUUCUGAGCCUUCCUCAAACUUCUCGCGGUUCUGGGAGGGCGGUAAUGAACGCGACACCGCCGACGAGAAGAGCAUUAUCGAGUUCCUUCUCAACCCUCCCAAUGUUCUCCGAGCGCUUCCUGACAGUCCAAGCUUGAAUCAUCAUAAAAGUCAGUCGCAGCAGCGGCAACAACUAAUGCAACUAUUGACAGGUCUGCGAGCUUAUGCUAAGAAAAUGUUUCCACGAGCAGACAUUUCCUCGCCGCAAUCCUCCUCUGAAUGCCAACAUCAGCAACCGAACGUGGGCUUCGGUUCUGAAGUCAUUUUCGCUAGUUGUCGGUCUCCACUUUGUGUGAGGGUGGGUGGAGAAACCACUUCAUCACCGUCACCACAGCCUAAAUCUUUCUUCGCUGAUCCUGACGUCUCUUUUGAGGAGUCUGCGGAAGGCCUCGGCUUUAAGGGCGCUGUGAGUGUUGGAUAUCACAGCUCAUAUCUGUUGGCAACGAUCAGGCACUUUCUUUAUAAGAGCAAUGGGUGUUUGCACCAUAUUGGAAGUAGGUUUUUUCAUGAAACAUGGGGGACUCCGUAG